AGUCUGAGCUUGACUGGCGCACCAUUCACAUUUCAAUUCUGUGGUGUAUUGAGAACCCAAGAGCUUUUCCACCUGAAGCACUUUCCCACUCGAGGUGGAAGGUUUUUCUUUCCCCUUCAAUGACUGCAAAAGGGUUCGCCUGACAAACAGUGUAAAAUUCUCUUUUGUGAUAGCAUUUCAAUAUCAAAUUUAUCGGUGAGUUUAUGGAAAGAAACAAAUCCUGUGGACUUAAGAAAAGGACUUUUUCAGGGAAAGAUAGAUUACAAGUGAGUGAGAAGGAUGUGAAAAGUAAGUGUUGAGUGUGUGAUAAGAGAGCUUUGAGUGAUGUUGUGGAUUUUCCUUAAAAAUUGCAAACAGGUGGUCUUUUGCGGUGAAAAAAUCUCCAAUUGACAAUUUCCACUUGGGAUAGCAACAACAUAAAGUCCCAACAAAUGGAAAUUGAGUGAAAGGAUUUAAUUGGAGAAGGAAGAAAAAAAUAUAUAGAAGAGAAUCCUCGAAAUGAGAAAACUUAUCUCGAGGCUUCGUGUUUAGAGAAAUGUCCAAAAAUUCUGUUCCUUGAAGGCACAAAAGGAAUAUUGUCUGUGAGAGUCACAAGAAAAAGCUACAGGAAAAAUAAUACAGCAGAGGAUUCACCAAAAAAAAAAAACAUUGUGUGAAGGAAAAGAAAAUCAGGAAUCACGCCCAACUCUUGAACUUUUUUAUUCCGAAAAGAAAAGAGGGAUACAAUUGGUGCUGAGGCAUGGACACCAAGUUUGAGCAGAGGCAGUAUCAGGGUCAAAUUCCGCCAUCAUUUCCGGAAACCUUUAAGGACUUCUUCUCCAUGCUCAACGAAGAUGAGGACCAUGUGGAGCUCAUCUCGAACAUUCUGGAAGAUAAAGUUAUUCCGAGGUCAAAGUGUCGAUAUCGAUGCGGAAGUUUACGGUGUUGCCACAAUCUACCCUCAGUACCUACAGCUCCAGGCAGUGGGGAUGUACUCCAGAGAACCAGGACUCUAUCCAUGUCGAAUUCAACCGCAAUGAGAAUGGCAUCCGGGACCAAUUCUUCGAAUUUUGGUCGGUCGAGCUCCUUCCGAGUAGCUCGACCAACAUCCACAGCCACUGAGUACUGCAAGCACAUGAAAUACUGCUGCCUCCAUCAAAAUCAAACGCACAGAGGCUUCCAUUCUGGUCGCAAUCUCCAGCCACAUUUGGAUUUUGCCGACUUUACUUCCAGUGAUGACGAAAAGUUCACCAGCACAGGCAAAAAACUCCCCAAACUCUACGGGAAUGUAUCCCAGGGAUCUGCCCAAGAGACCAAUAUCAAGCGGACUGCACCACUCUACGAAAGUUGCGAUGAGUCUGAGGCUGUAAGCAGCACGUGCUCCUCCAGUAACAACAACAGCAGCAUCCCUGGAGGAUAUUCCGUGUCUGCUCGACCCAGUCCAAUGAGUUCUGGACCUCACGGGCGCGGAAGCAUUACCCGCGCCACUUCUGGCCUCCCUCCAACGCCCGACUCCAGUCACUUUCUGCUCCCCACGCAGCAAGUCACUCCGGGGACACCCACCUCUAGCGCCACAACACCAUCAGCCCCACCCGGAAGUCUCCCCGGACCACCUACGGCCGGAAGUGCCCUCAACUCACCAGCAGCCAAAGCUUUAGGCGAUAAGAGCACCUACAAGACGCCGGAUAUCAAAUCACAGAAAUCACCAGUAUUCAAUCGGAGACGUUCUUCGUCUGUCACCCUGGCCCAACCCACCCCGGAUCUGCACAGGUUUAGCAGCGUUCGCGGCACCGAGGACGUAACGGCGUGGCGAGGUGAAUCGGGCGGCGGCGGAAGUGGAAAUUCCACAGGAUAUUCACGGGAACGCUACUGCAAGUCACCAGUUAACAGACCUCCACCAGAUUGUGCCACCCCCAGCUCUUCACAGAGACCCACCAAACAGAAACAGAGGAUGAGGACGGCGAGUAUGCCUGCAGAAAAUAGGAAACCCCGAUUAUCGGAACUCAGACGUUCAGCCAUCCACUGUGCCGACGUGGACAUUGAAUACUAUCGACUGAGGAGUUUUAGCAUCACAUCCCAUGGGAUUUGUAACUUGGGUGACUCAAUGAGAAGUCGCAGAUCUCGCUCCAUAAAUUCCGUCACCUCAUCCAAUAGCGGUAGGGAUCGACACAACAGCAAUGCUUCGCAGACAACAACAAAUGACCUGGCCAUGGACACGGAGCAGGGAGAUGGAGCAACGGCCUACAAAGUGGCCAUGCUCGGUGCCUCGGGCGUCGGAAAGACAGCCCUCACGUACCAAUUCACCACAUCAGAAUAUAUCUGUGCAUAUGACCUCAGCCUGGACGACGAUUAUGGCCAGAAGACGGUCUCUGUGCUGCUGGACGGACAGGAGACGGACCUAGAGAUCAUUGACCACCCCGCAUGUGAAAUGUCUACAGAGGCCUUCUGCUCAACAUACAACAUUGAUAUCUUCGUGGUUGUGUACUCAGUCGUAGACAGGAAGACCUUUAAGGCGGCCGAGAAGGUCCUUCACUAUCUGCGAGACAAUGAGAUGCUGCUCACCCGUGGAGCCAUUUUGGUUGGGAACAAAACGGACCUCGAGAGGCAUCGAGAAGUGCCCACGCAAGGGGGAAGACGCCUGGCCAAGGAUGUCAGCUGUAAAUUCAUUGAAACAUCAAGUGGACUGGAUCACAAUGUGGAUGAACUCUUGGUGGGUAUCGUGGCCCAAGUUAAACUCAAUCCACAGCGACUGAGCAAUUUGACUGAGGAACAGAGGCAAGGACUGAGGCUAUCCGGGGGUCCUGGAAGUUCAGCAGCAAUGGCCCGGGCAAAGGAAGAGGAAGCAACUAAGAAACUCAUCAGAAAGCGUCAAGGAGCUCACUCGAGCGGACCACUGAAUGCUGUGGAUUUGCACACCUUGAAAAAUUCCUUCGAGAAUAAGGAGAACAUCCCUAAAAGGACAAGGAAUCGACAGAGACAACAAACAUCCCAGAAAAGUGGACUCAAUGAGGAAGAUGAAGACAACAAAUCCACCAGUUCAAGUGUCUCCUCGGCCAGCUCAUCAUCUAUUGACGAAAAUGAGAUGAAUCUGCUGUCACAGGGUUCCACAAGUUGCUCCUCAACGCCAACAAAGCAUCCCUCAAACACCUGCGAGACCAAGUCCGGCAAGAAAAAGAACUUAGCAGCCGAAAAGGCCGUUGCUAGGUUCUCAAAUCGCACAAAACUCUUUUUAACGUCAUUCUUGAAAUUCAAGAAGAACUUGAGAGUCAAGAGACGAAAUUCCAACAGUUGCAGUGAUUUAUUCGUCAUUUAAACCCGAGAUGUAAGCCGUGGCGGCGACAAAAAGCGGCAACUUAUAAGACGUACUGCACUUAAGAAUUCCAAAAAAAAUGAAUAAAAUGGUUUUCAUUUAAAACGGUUUGAAAAUCUUGCGAAAUUGAGAAAAAAAUCUUAAGAAAAUUUUACAGCAAUCGAAAGAAAAAACGUACUAUUUUUGUAUUGAUCGUCAUUUUAAAAAUUAAAAACAAAGAAAAACGUAGCAUAAAAAACAAACAAA